AUGAAUUUUCCUUCACAUAAAAAUGAAAUCAAAUUUAAAAAAUGGGGCUUGAUAACAUAUAGACCUCCUGCUUAAGAAAUGAAUGGUAUUUAAAGAAGAUAAUAUUUUAGACAGAUUAAUAAUAUCAAAUGUUCCUGAUUUGAAUAUA